AUGACUAAUCCUUGUGUGAAUAAUUCAUCAUUAAGUUCAGAUGCAUUACAUAAUAUUGAAAUAAUUGGUUAUAGAUAUGUUAUAUUGACAAUAUGUAUAUUUGGUAUUGUAUGUAAUAUAUUAAAUUUAUGUGUAUUAUUAAAUCGACGUUUAAAAGAAUCACCUUAUACAUAUUUAACAGGUUUAGCAUUAGCUGAUAUGUUAACAUUAAUGUGUAUUUCACCAUUUACAAUAACACGUGGUGAUUAUAUUCAUCAUGAAAAUAUAUUUUAUAAAUUUCAAAAAUUUGAAAUUAUUUAUAUGCAAAUGGCAAAUUAUUUUGGUCAUGUAUCAAUUAUGAUUACAUUAGCAUUAACAAUUGAAAGAUAUUUAUUUACAACAUAUCCAUUAAAAGUACAAAGUUUUUGUAAAUCACGUUAUGCAAGAAAUGUUAUUGUUAUUAUAUUAAUUAUUUGUGGAAUUAUUGAUAUACCACGUUUUACAAGUGAUUAUAUAAUAUCAAAAAUGAAUUCAAGUCAUUUAUUUGAUUCAAAUAAUUGUUCAACAUAUCCAUUUAUUAUUGAAAAUUCUAUAAAUAGAAAUCAUACUGGUCAAUGUUAUUGUAUAAUUGUUCGUACACAUGCAUCAUUUAAUCGUUUUCAAGAUAUAUAUUAUUAUUGUAUAUUUGUAUUAUAUCAAAUAUUACCAUUUAUUAUAUUAUUAUAUCUUAAUUUAAAAUUAAUUCAACGUGUACAACGUUCAAAUCGUUUUACAUUAUCGGAACUUGUUUCAAAUCAACAACAAACAAGUUUAACUGGUACACCAACAAAUCAUUUUAUUCAACGUAAACGUAUUAGAGAUGAACAACGUUUAACAAAAACACUUGCUAGUAUUGUUUUAGUAUUUCUUAUUUGUAAUACAUUUACAAUUAUUAGUUAUCCAAAUUUAGUUAUUAAAUUAACAGAAAAAAAAUAUCCAUUUUAUUAUACAGUUGGUUUUCGUAUACAAAAAUUAAUAACAAAUAUAAUGUUAAUGUUAAAUUAUUCAAUUAAUUUUUUUUUCUAUUGUGCAUUUAAUCAAAAAUUUUUAAAAACAUUAAAAUUAACAUUUCGUUGUUGUAUUCAAAAACAACAUCAUUAUCAUCGAAUAUUUUUUUCAUCAUCAUCAUCAAGUUCAUCUGCAAAACAUUUAUCAAAAUUAAAUAGUAGAAAUCAUAGUUUUAAUAGUUUUAAAGAAGAAGCUAUAAAAAAAACAAAUAAUAAACGGAAAAAACAAAAUUAUACUGACAAUACAAUGAUAUGUGACAAAAGAUUAAAAUCAAAUAAAAUAGUAACAAAAAUGGUACCAGUAGAUAAACAGAAGAAAAAAGACGAUUCAAUGUCAACAGGAAAUUCAAAUCGUCAAACGAGUCUAUAA